UAUGGAGAAUAUGACAUUCAAUUUUUUUUUAAUGUAAUGUAAUUAACAUAUAAAAUUUAUUGAUGAAAUCAUUAUUAUCAGUGUAUAUUUUAUUUAAUAUUUUCGAUCUUGAUAUGCAAAGAAAUAUACUAUCUGCCGUAUGCUCCACAGCACGACAUAAAACACAUGCACACAACUACAUAUCUUAUGUUAAUAACUUAUUUAAUAUCAAUUUGUAAUGUGAUUUAUGUAAUUCAUGACCAGCGACUUGUUAGAAUAAUGUAUUUUAUGUGGCAUUAAAUUUAACAAAUUUUACAACGAACUUCUUUAGUAUUGAAUGUGAAUUGAUCUCUGUUUUUAUUUUUUAUGAUACUGUUAACGUAUAGUACUAAACUAAGUGCGCCAUCGUAUCUGUAUUGAUUAGACUUUCGUAAUGCUCCUGCGUCGACCGUCCCUUAACAGUGUACGUGUGAUGUGAACCUAGCCUAACUUUUAGCCUUGAGAAAAUAUUUGAUAUAUUAUUUAGCGUGAAUACAAUUUUAGAACAAGCUAUUGUUAUCUAUUGUGUAAAUGUACUCAAUUUAUGGAAUAAAUAAAUUAAUAUGUUUAUAAUAAAUAUAUCGUACUAAUGAGCAGUGACGUGUGUCGAAGAUCUGCCAUUGGCGGCAAAAAAAUGAGAAAACGUAAAGAAUUAGAUGCUCUUACUGGCACAAUCAUUGGAAACAACAACAAAAGUCGCAGGCUAAUGUAUUCUUCCGAGUCUGAUUCUUGUUCGUCUUCGAGAGCUCCUACGCCUAUAAAAUUACGUCGACAAAUAACUCGAAGGCGAAAAUCUAGUUUCAUUUCAAAUACUUGGUGCAGCGCCUUCCGGAUGUCCCUUACAUUUGGUUGCAUUCUUUGGGUUAUGUUCGUAACUUACACAUUUCUUGACAUUCGUAAAAUCCAACUCCACUUACAAUCCCAAUUAGAUGAAGUGGCUGCUGGAAAUCUAGGUGUUCCUGAUGAUUUACAAAAAUGUCAUGCAAUGUCCAAACAACUUCAACAAAAUCAAACUGUCAUUAGACAGCAUGUAAUAGAAUUCAAAGACAAAAUGGAUAAUUUAACUCAACGGAUUGAAAAAUUGCAAGAUGGUCUUUCUUCAGUUGAAGGUCGUAUUCCAACUAUUCCUUUGACCUCGCCAGGAGCCAUGAGAGAUUUAUCAAAAACAGUUGCUAGUUUUGGAAGUGAAAUUAAAGACAUCAGUAAUAACGUCAACUCACUUAAAGAGUCAUCUGUAUUAAUGCAGUCAAAUUAUAAUAAAUUGCAAUUUAACAUCACAGCAAUAAAUAAUACACUGUCCAAUUUAAGUGGUGUGAAGAAUGAUGAAUCUUUUGUAAAUAAUAUGUCAGAGAAAUUUACAUCUCAACUAAAUAACUUAAGUGUAAACUUAACUUCAGUCAAUAGUACACUUACAAGUAAAUUUGAUUGGGUAUCAGGAGAUCAAAAAUCUAAUAGAGUUGAAAUAGAAAAAUUAAAAGAAAAUAGUCAAAGAUUAAUAUCCCAAGUAAAAACUAUUGAAAGCGAAUGUCAAGCUUCAAAAGACAAAAUUAACAAAUUAUCAAGUGAUGUUGAUUCAAAGCUGUCAUAUUUAAAAAUUCAAAUUGAAAAUAUUACUGAAAAUGUUACCAAUUUACAUGUUAUGUCAAAACCAGAAAAUAUUUCUAAAAAUUCUAGUCAAUUAAAAGGCACAAACAUCAAUUCAAGUUUGUCCAAACCAUAAAGUAUUUUAAAAUUCUAUUUAUCCUAUGUAUUUAUUUUAAUGAAUCUAGCAGGGAAUUCCUGUAUGUUAUGGUGUAUAGAUUAAUUGACUAUCUGAUACAUAAUACACUGUGUUGAGCAAUAGAUUAGCAAUUAAGCUUUUAUUAAUAUUUCACUGGAAAACUAAAAAAUAUAUGUUAAAUAUCAUACUUAUUUCUAAGUGAAAAUUAUUUAUAUUUGUAAUUUAAUUAUUGAUAAAUAUCUAUUUUUACUUUGUUUAUAAUGUUUGAAGUUAUAUUAUAACAAACCAAUGAAUGUGAUGAUAUGAAAAAUUAUGUUAAAUACUUGU